GGGGUCAGCUCAGGCAGGAGGAGGCGCCGCCUAAGGAAGGUGGUGGGAGACUUGCGGGGUCCCCAUUCCCAGCGGACCGGUCGCGUCGCGACCACCUGCUCAUAAGGCCAUUUCUUUCCAACUUCAGCUACAGUGAUAGCUAAGUUUGGAAAGACCAACACGGGGGUUAGGCCGUUUCGUCCGCUUCUUCUUCUUCUUGGAGCUGCUCUGCCCCGCUCCUGGGUACCCCCGGGCUCGCCGCUGCGCUCGUCGCGUGUGUGUGCGUGCGCGUGUCUACCGGCCCGCCUCUGUCGCGCUCUCUCACGAGAGCAACAAGCCGCCGAGAGGAAAGACCCCCCCCCCCCGCCGGGGAGAGAUUUUUAAAAACAACAACAACUCAAAGGUGCCAAACUGAUAUAUAAGCCAUGGCCCGGCCCGCGGCAGAACAGCAAAGCAAGCAAGGAUGCUGUGGAUCCUGUGCCAGUUAUUUAACCUCUGCAAAAUUCCUACUGUAUCUUGGACAUUCCCUGUCCACUUGGGGAGAUCGUAUGUGGCACUUUGCAGUGUCGGUCUUCCUGGUUGAACUGUACGGAAACAGUCUGCUCUUGACUGCUGUUUAUGGGCUGGUUGUAGCAGGUUCCGUUCUUCUUCUGGGAGCCAUUAUUGGAGACUGGGUAGACAAGAACCCAAGGCUCAAAGUGGCCCAAACAUCCUUAAUUGUGCAGAAUGCAUCGGUCAUCCUUUGUGGCAUCCUUCUGAUGAUGGUCUUCCUGUUUAAGACUCAGCUUUUGGCUCUAUAUCAUGGGUGGCUUCUUACCCUUUGCUAUAUCCUAGUCAUCACAAUAGCAAACAUUGCAAAUCUAGCCAGCACUGCCACAUCAAUUACCAUACAGAGAGACUGGGUCGUUGUUGUUGCGGGUGAAAACAGGAGCAAAUUAGCAGAUAUGAAUGCUACAAUACGAAGAAUUGACCAGCUGACCAAUAUCUUGGCCCCAAUGGCUGUUGGGCAGAUCAUGACCUUUGGAUCACCUGUGAUUGGCUGCGGAUUCAUUUCUGGGUGGAACUUGAUUUCCAUGUGUGCAGAAUAUAUGCUGCUGUGGAAAGUUUACCAGAAAACUCCUGCUUUGGCUCAUAAAUCCAGUUCAAAGGUUGAGGAGUCAGAACUGAAGCAGCUGAACAUGCAGAAAGAUGGCGAAUCAAAGCCCAACGAAGGAGUCCAGUUAAUUGGCGAGAAAGAUAUGGCUGUCUUUGAGCCCAAACUGGAGGAAGAAGUUAGCUGUGUUGCUCGGAUGGCCGAGCCUUUCAGUACGUUCCGGGAUGGAUGGGUGGCCUAUUACAACCAGCCGGUGUUCCUUGCAGGAAUGGCCCUUGCCUUCCUUUACAUGACUGUCCUAGGCUUUGACUGCAUUACUACUGGCUAUGCCUAUACUCAGGGACUAAGUGGUUCCACUCUAAGCCUCUUAAUGGGGGGUUCUGCCAUAACUGGAAUCCUGGGUACUGUUGCCUUCACCUGGCUGCGUCGCAGGUGUGGCCUGGUUCGUACAGGUAUCAUCUCUGGAGUGGCCCAGCUGGCCUCCCUCGUCUUGUGUGUGAUUUCGGUGUUCAUGCCUGGAAGUCCUUUGGACCUGACUGUUUCCCCGUUUGCCGACAUCAGUGCUAGAUUGUUUGAAAGUAACCCGUUGCCUACCAUGGCGCCUCAAGGUGAUCUCCUUGAAAUGCCCUUUACAACUGGAAUGCCUUCCUUGUUCAAUGAGUCAACUUCUGAUCCGGGUUUGGCUCCCAACCCUGUGCCUAUUGUCUCCGUAAGCCUUCUGUUCGCAGGAGUCAUUGCUGCGAGAAUUGGACUGUGGUCUUUUGACCUGACCGUCACACAGUUGCUGCAAGAAAACGUGAUAGAAUCAGAAAGAGGUAUCAUAAAUGGCGUCCAAAACUCCAUGAAUUACCUUCUGGAUCUCCUGCACUUCAUCAUGGUCAUCCUAGCUCCUAACCCAGAAGCUUUCGGAUUGCUGGUGCUUAUUUCUGUUUCCUUCGUUGCAAUGGGCCAUCUCAUGUACUUCCGGUAUGCCCAUCAAACCCUGGGGAGGAAUGUCUUUCUCUGCUGUAGCCCUGUGCCAAAAUCGGUGUCUGACGACCCACCAGCUUGUGAUGCGUCAAGUGUUUAGAGAGAGUUUCACUUAUUGCUGCCAGCGCUUGCUUUUCCUGUCCGUGUACAUAUAUGCUUUAUUAUGGGUCAGGAGUAGCUGGUACCUCUUAAAAGUGGUGCUCAACGCUCCACCUCAGUGCUUCUCAAACUGUUUUGCACAUGAUCACCAGUUAGAAGUGGCAUAGCUUAUUUAUUUAAGGGGAGAUCUCCUGAGUAGUGUGGUGUUUUUUUUUGUAAGAAUGAUAAUUAAAAAUGAAAAUAGAUAAAAGAUAAAUACGAUAAAUCAAAAGACAAAUUGAAUUAGAAUGAAUUUUGUUCUGAUUCCGCCUCCCCCCCCAAAAAAAAUUCAUGUGGCUUUGGAACAGAGAAAUUAAAACCAGUUUUAAAUAACUAUUGCAUCAUGUGUAAUACGACCAGUGAUCCCCCCAUGUAACAUAGAUGUACUGUUUUGUCUCUUUCACAAAAUUACCAUGAAAAAUGACCAAAAUGUUACACAAAUGAGCAAAAAAGUUAUGUGCUUUACUCAAGAGUAGACCUAUUAAAAUUAAUGGACCUAACUUAGCCGUGCUCAUUAAUUUCAAUGGGUUUACCACCUAAAUCUUUCUUUCUGUGAUGGUUUAACUUGGAAAACAUGGCUUUAUUGUUUUAAGUAUGCCCUUUGGAAUAAAGAAUAGUGAACAAUAUUGUAGAAUAUUUUUGCAGCACUUCUUAGGAACUGAGAGUAGCAGGUACGAAUAUAGCAUUAUAAAGCCUAGGGCCUCACACCCUAUUUACGAAACUUGAUUCCAUAGUGUUAAGGGGAAGAUACAUGAGCUGGCUUUGUGUGUUUGGUUAAAAAAGUGUGAAAAGCAUUACACUGGCCCUUUUUUAAAAAAAGUUCAAAAUGUGUAUGGAUCCUUAAGCUGAAAAUCUCAGCCACUUAUUUUUGUUUAGCCCACUAAUGUCAGGAAAACAAAAAAACCUAUGAAGACCGUAGCUCAGAAAUUACUCCCCUGGAAACCUCCCUAUAGAAAAGGCCUUCUGAAAUAAAUGGGAAUUUGCAGAAGAAACUCAUUCCCACAGGGCUCAAAUAAGAGGCGGUCUGAUUUGUGUGUAUUUGUGCUUUUAAGUCAUGCCUAUGCUUAAUAUUUUUUUGAGAAAUCAGACAUAUUGAACGUAACAUGUUAGCAAGUGAUGAAUAAUCCAUGCUGACUGAAAUGUACCCAAGCAGGUUGCACCAUGCACCUGCUUUCUGCAGGACAGGUGGCGUUGAGGCUGCCAUGCUGUAGCAUCACAUGGCCAGCACAUGGUUUUGCUGGAUGCAGCUUUGCAUUCCUCACCUUUCAGCCAGCAUGAAUUGCACUCAGGAGGGUGAUCUACCUGCAGAUGACCACUUGUUGGAAUGUGGCACAUAAUGGACAACUUUAAAUGUUUUAUACAGUUGAUAUUCUUAUGCACUCGACUUUUAUAUAUAUAUAUAGUAUCUUUUACAGGGAAAGUGUAAUUUUUUUAUUUUUUAAAAAUCUGUUUUUGUAAAAAGGCUUCUUACUGUAUGAUCUUGUAAAAACCGCUUUGAUGAUCGGUAGCGACUGACAAUGCCAUAUGUGCUAACAUGCUUUCCGAGUCCUUUUUACAGUGUACAGGAAAUGCUUUUUACAUUAACCGUUUCAUGCACUUUUGUGGAAAUUGUAUUCAUGUUACUCUGAGCACUUUGCUUUCCAGUAGAGUUGAAUUCUCUUUACUGUAUUCUUGGGAGUUUUUCUAAGAGAUAGCAGUGUGAUUUUAAAUCUCUGUUAAAUAUUUGUAAAAUAUUUGUGUGCAUAAAAUACAAACCGUUUUUCACA